AUGGACGACGGUGGCAGCCAUGUAAGAAAGCAGAAGCCAAAAAAGAAACAGCAGGAGGCCACGCUGGAAGCCAAGCCAAAGAAAUCCAGAGUGAAGAAACCAGAGGAAUCGAGCCCUGCAGAGGAGACCACUGCCCCCACUCAGGCUGGUGUCAAAAAAGUGAGAAAGAAGAAGGAAGAGAAGUCGGAAGAAGGGAAUGACAAGGACCCGUAUGCCAAAUUCAUUAAAGAUCCAAAGAAAAAGAAGGAACCCCCAUCAUCUCAUUUCAGUGUGGCCAAGACCCAGAAAAAGAGACAAGAGGCCUCUGAAGAGGAGGAAGAUGAAGAAGAGGAGGAAGAAGAGGUAGAAAGUGAAGAUCCCCCCAAAAAGCCAAAAAGGAAGAUCAAUAAAAAUACUCCAGCAGGUGACAGUAAGGAAAAGAAGUCCAAAAGUAAAGGAGACAAAGGUGAACCUGAUGCCAAGACCAAAACUGCAAAGACACCAAAGAAGGAGCCAACUUCUGUGUUCCAAGUUAACGGGGACAAGAAAGACAAAAAAGUCAAAAAGAAAGUUCUGAAAGGCAGUGAGGCUGAAGAUGAAUCUGAUUCCAGCCCCAAGCGAACAAAACCUGAAAAAAAGAAAAGCCCAGCAUCCAUGUUUCAUGCUGGGGGAGAAGGCCCAAAGGAGAAAAAAACAAAAAAGAAGGCUGUUGCCAAAACUACUGAAAAUGAAAGUGAAGAAGACCCCCCAACAGAAACAGCUCAGAAGAAUACCAACAAGAAGGGGAAAGGAAAGAAGUCCAAGAAGAAAGAAGAGAGAGCACCCUCUCCUGUCAUUGAAGUGGACAAUCUGGAGGAAUUUGUAUUACAGCCGGCUACUCAGGGAGUAACUAUCAAGUGUCGGGUCACUCGAGAUAAGAAGGGGAUGGAUCGGGGCCUCUAUCCUACAUAUUACCUUCAUCUUGAUAAUGAUAAAAAGGUUUUCCUGCUGGCUGGUCGGAAACGCAAAAAGAGCAAGACCUCUAAUUACUUGAUUUCUGUUGAUCCAACUGACCUGACUCGGGAUGGAGGGAACUUCAUUGGAAAACUGAGAUCCAAUUUGAUGGGCACAAGGUUUACGGUGUUUGAUAACGGUGUAAAUCCUGACAGAGCAAACUCUGAUUGGUCAAACGUGCGCCAGGAGCUUGCAGCAGUUAUUUAUGAAACAAAUGUAUUGGGAUUCAAGGGACCUCGAAAAAUGACUGUGGUCAUCCCUGGAAUGAAUUCAGACAAUGAAAGGGUUCCAAUCCGACCCCGAAAUGAUAAUGAUGGGCUACUCCUGAGAUGGCAAAACAAGACAAUGGAAAACUUAAUUGAACUGCACAACAAAUCUCCAGCGUGGAAUGAUGAGACCCAGUCCUAUGUGCUGAACUUCCAUGGCAGGGUGACCCACGCCUCUGUCAAGAAUUUCCAGAUUGUGCACAGCAAUGACCUUGACUACAUUGUCAUGCAGUUUGGCCGGGUAUCUGAUGAUGCUUUUACCAUGGACUACAACUACCCACUUUGUGCAGUGCAAGCUUUUGCCAUUGCCUUGUCUAGCUUUGAUGGGAAGUUGGCCUGCGAAUAGCACUCCUAGGAUCCUGUAACACCCAGGGUGUACUUCAUCGGGGGCAGCGUGGCAAGAUUCCUUCUCUUUGGAAUGGCUCCUGCAGACAACCAUUGGCUUGAUGAUACAAGGCAACAGAGAUGCUGUGGAUCAGGAACAGCCUCACAAGUGUAUUACUAAAUGCUGGCAAAGCACAACUGGAUAUGGCUUCUGAAGAAAUCCUGGCAGAAUCAGUAAACAUGAAUCCUUAUACACAGAGUACGGUUUAACUGGCUCUGUCAUGUGCACAUACAUGUCUCUGGCACAGGCCCUUCUGUGAGAAAUAAUUAUGAACCCCAGAAAACAGCUGCUCUAAGCUGUGGUGUCUUGGACCGUGACUCAGAAACUAUAGCAUUUGUGUUUUCUUUGUUAAUUUACUCACUCCUAAGGGAUCUGCAACCAGCUAAUGGUCUCAGACUAUCAAAUAGUCACUUCCUGCAUACAUAACAGCUGAGGCUAGCAUUGGUUUGAUACUCUGAAUCCCAGAAACAUUUGUAUUGCUUAGAUUCAUCGGGGUGGAGUGGGGGUGGGGGUAUUUGGUAAUUUACAAUUUAAGUGAAAGGGAAGUUUUUUCCCCCCUCUACUGUUAAUGAACAAUAAAUGAGCAACUGGUAGGAAAAGCUCCUAUUGGUUGUCCCUUUAGAAAUCAUGGCCUGCCUAGCUCUGGAAGGCUGUCAAUAAGUUGCUUUUUAGAGGUCUAAUGAAUUUAGAGGCGGAUUUGCUGAACUGCAGGCUGUGGAAGGUCGGUAGUUCAGCAGUUCGAGACCCGAGUGU